AUGUCAGGUUUCUUACUUCUGCGUGGUAGUUGUAUAAAGGAACUGAAGAUGUUAAUCCAGUUUGAUCGUUCAGUCUUCGACGGUGGUAUUCCUUUUUACCGUAUAAUUUGUAGAAUUGCAGCAGAAUCUAUUCCUCGGGUUGCAGUAAACAUUGCCUUUGUGAUUGGUGCACUUUGCAUGGCUGUUCCUCCGACGGCUCAUUUAGUAGUUUCUGCUGCAUCAGACUUUCUUCUUAAAUGGUUAUUUGAGUAUGAGCAUGAACAUCGACAGUGGUCAGCUGCUAUCUCUUUGGGAUUGAUAUCAAAUUGUUUUCAUCCUACCGAUAAAAAGCAAAAGUUCAAUGUCAUAAAUGGACUUCUUAAGGUAAUCUGUAGCAGUGAAAGUCAUCUUGUGAGAGGAGCCUGUGGAGUGGGACUGGGUUAUGCUUGUCAAGAUCUUCUCACUAGGGUUGAAAGUGCUUCUGAUUCAAGUCCAGAAGGAACUAUGAGAUUUGAUGAAGCUGCAUUACUUGACAAUAUUGUUGGUACUUUGUCUGUUCUAAUAUGCCAACUUUGUCCUUCUGUAUCUGGUCCUUUCAGAGACCUUGGUGAGAGCUUUCCACUGGAUAAGUAUGGAAUUAACACUUCAGAAGGAUCACUUGAGGACAAUGAUAACUUGGACUUGGAAGAAGAUGCUUGGGGUGUUGCAGGGCUUGUCUAUGGUUUGGCCCAUUCCGUUUCUGCCCUAUACAAGGUUGGGGCUUAUGAUGCUGUGAUAAAAAUAAAAAGAAUGUUAACAUCAUGGCUGCCAUAUGUGGACAUGCCUGAUCAAAUCUCUAUUUGGUUCGAUGAAACUACGAAAAUACCCCUCUAUAUUGGUUCGUGUUUGGCUCUUCCCUACGUUGUGGCUUUCUGCCAGAGAGUGGAACUGAUCGAUGAUGAUGAUUUGAAUGUUCUUUUCAAUCGUUAUACGUUUCUGGUAUCUGAACUUUUGAAAUUUAAGAAAUCUGGAACUGCAUAUCAGAAUCUUUUGUUGGCAUCCUGUGUUGGUGUGGGUUCACUCCUUUCUUGUAUUUUGAAUGAUGGGGUCCACUCUUUGAGACUUGAUGAUGUCAAAUGCCUUCUGGAUACCUUUAGGUGUAUUUACAGCAACCCUUACCCUCCGUUAGUCCACUUGGCUGGGAUGUUUGGAGUCGUCAAUGCUUUUGGUGCAGGCGCUGGUGAUCUUACUAACACAUGUUCUCAGCCCAUUAAUUUGCAGACAAACUAUGAGCAGGAAGCAUCUUUUAUUAGGGGGCCUAUACUAGCAUGCCCUGCUUGUGAGACACUUUCCACAUCAUUGGUUCAGGAAAUAUUUCUUGUCUCCAAGGACUCUAAGGAUCAAGCUAUGCAAAAUUUUGCAGCAUGGGCUAUUUCCUUUUUGAGAAAUCGAUUGUGGCCGAUGGAAUCUGAUGGUGUGAAUGGUUCGCAAAGCAGCUCCAUUUCUCAAAGUUUUCCUGAGGAUGCCUUAGUUUUAAAGCUAAGCUUAUGGUUAAGGGAUAUAAACUCUGAUAAGACAGGAAAUAGGAUUCAUGCAACCACAGUUGCAACUGUUUUAAGAUGCCUUUCAAAGGCUCCCAGACUACCUCCUUUAGAUUGGGGAGCGAUCAUUCGGCGUUGUAUGAGAUAUGAAGCUUACUUUCCAGAUCUUUCAGUAGAACAUAUUCCUAUGUUGCUUCGAGAAGAAAGCCUAUAUUUUUCCUUAUCUCAUGCGAGCCAAAUAAGCCCCCUUUUACAUUUCUUGGAUGAUUUAACUGACCUUUCAAGGUUCAGGACACUAGAGCCUCGCUUGCAAUCUGUAGUACUUGAAAAUCUCUCUGACCUGUUGAAACUAUUCUCUGGUUCAAGAUUGGAGAAACUAUAUGAGGAUUUGUUCGAGUAUUUCUCUUCUUCAACCUCAUCAUACUUGGUUUAUGAACCGGAACAGAGAAGCACAUUGAGAAUGUCCAUUUGGAAAGGUCUUCGCAAGUGUCUAACAGAGGACUUCAAGGGGUCUGAUGGUUUUGGCAAUAUGGAGAGGUGCAUGGAAUGCUUGUUAUCUUUGUUGCCAAUUUCGAUGAGUGAUAGUAGGCAGGAUGGAGUUGAAGAAGAGUGGUCAUGUGCUAUUAAUUGCUUGGGUGCGGCUCCCCACAACUGGCUUGUGGACAAGCUGCAGGUUCCCACUUCUCACGUAGGCGGCGAUUCUGAUGAAAUAGGAAAGAGAAUUGUUGUCAAAGCUAGGCUAACGAGGAUUGGUUGCAUUUCGCCUUCUGAGCUGGGAAAACUAAAAGCCUAUAUAUUUAAUGCAAGAAGUAAAGGUAGAGUACAGUGUUUGAUGUUGUCCUGCAUAUGGUAGUAAUUUAUAUUUCCAUGCAGUAAUUUGUAUUUCCUUUGUGGAACAAGAAUAGUCAAGCAAAAG